CAUUUCUCCCCGAGGCCCACGCCUCCACUCUCUCUCUCUCUCCUUUCUCCCAAUGCCCCAUGCCUUCUCUCUCUAUCUUGCUCUCCUUCUCUCUCCCCGUUCUCCAUGCCGCUUCUCUGUCUCUCUCUCUCUCUGGGCCAUAUGCUCAGAAUCUCAGGACUAAUCUCUUCCAGUCCUGUCCAGUCUGCAAGCUGGGAAACUCUUACUCACUGUAUCACACUGCCCUGUGUGAGUGUGUAGUGCGACUGAUUAGUGAUAGAUAGUGUUUGUAGUAACAUUGUGACAUUUGGAUGAGUUUGAGAAAAAAAAUAGGAGAAGCGAUGAAAGGCAGACAACGUAACCCUGGUAACCCUUCCUCUUCCUCCUGCUCUUCCUCUCUCUGCAGUGGGGUGGCCAGAUCUGACAGCAAGAUUAGCGCCAAGGCUCUAUAUGAGCAACGGAAGAAAUACUCCAACUCCAAUGUCAUCAUGCACGAGACGUCUCAGUACCACGUGGAGCACCUGUCCACCUUCAUGAUGGACAAGACAGAGUCCAUUGCUACAGUGGACGAUGCCAUUAAGAAGCUGGUGCUGUUGGACUCUAAAGACAAGAUCUGGACCCAGGAGAUGCUGCUUCAGGUCAGCGACAAGGCUGUACGGCUACUGGACGUUGAUACACAGGAAGAGUUGGAAAACUUCCCUAUGCCUACGAUCCACCACUGCCAGACAGUGUUGAAUCAGACCAGGUAUCCAUCUGUCCUACUGCUGGUGUGUCAAGACACUGAACAGCACAGACCUGACAUACACUUCUUCCACUGUGACGAGGUGGAGGCAGAGAUGGUCCAUGCAGACAUCGACAGUGCUCUGGGGGACAGCAAACAUGGGAAGAAGAUACGACCACAGACCUUGAAGGUGAACCAGGAGAGGAUGAAGCACCACAGAGAGUCCAUCAUCCCCCCCUCCUCGGCCCCCAAGGGAUCGGCCCCCGCAGUCAAGGGCCGUGUGGCUGCCAUGAACAUGCAGGAUGUGGAGAGGCGAGGUUCGGCCCAGCAGGACCCAGAGUCCCAUGAGAAGCUGGCCCAGCGCAUUGAGAAGGACGUGCAAAUCCUGAACUGUUCCCUGGAUGACAUUGAGUUCUUUGUGGCUCGGCUGCAGAAGGCUGCAGAGGCCUUCUCUCAGCUCAACCAGCGCAACAAGAGUAAGAAGAUGAAGAAGAAAGGCCCAGCAGAGGGAAUGCUGACCCUGAGAGCUAAGCCCCCCUCUGAGGCAGAGUUCAUUGAUAGCCUACAGAAACUUAAGCUGGCUUUCAACCUACUGGCCAAAUUGAAGAAGCACAUCCAGAACCCCAGCGCCUCUGAACUGGUGCACUUCCUCUUCGGCCCCCUGGACCUGGUGCUCCAGUCCUGUGGUAGUGUAGAGCUGCCCCGCUCCGUGGUCUCUCCUCACUUAUCCAGAGAUGCAGUUGACUUCCUGAGAGGUCAUCUGUCGCCUAAAGAGAUGACCGUCUUUGAACUGCUAGGAGAUGGGUGGACAAGACCUAGAGCGGACUGGCCACGGGACCAGUGUGCCUCUACUUACUUCCCUAAGUUCAGGAACGGGUGGGAGCCCCCAGCUGAGCUGUUCAGGACCUCCCCAUGGGAGACAGAGGGAUCAGGGGAACCUUUCAUGUCCUCCAUGUCCCGCCCCAUGUCCCCACACAAGUCAGAAGAGUUUUUUGGAACCCAGUCUUCUAGCUCAUCAAAUGGGUCCUACAAUGGUCUGGCGUCCUCAUCCCGUAAAUAUGCUAAGAUCUGCUACCACUUUGUGGCCCGCAACGCCAACGAACUGUCAGUACUGCAGGACGAGGUGGUGGAGGUGAUAGAGGACGAUAAACAGUGGUGGAAAGUGAGGAACAGGAGUGGCCAGUCAGGAUACGUCCCCUCCAACGUCCUGGAAGUGGUCACACUGGAGGAACCACACGGCAUGGCUGAACCCCUCUAUAGCCAGGCUGGCCAGCCCUACAGCCCUACCUCUCCCUCCAGCUCUCUAGGAAGAGGGGAUAGCUUUGACAUGAGCCGCUCCAAAGACUCUCGGACACCCCAGAUGGAUGAGGUGAAUGAUGAGUUGUUGAAGAGGAUCACUAGUAAUAAGUCUCAGCCUCCAGCCCGUAACUUCAGGGUGGAGCGUCCCUCAAGCAGCAGCUCCACGCUCCUCACUUUCAAUUCCAGCCCACCACAGGUCACCGCCUGGCUCAACGCCAAGGGAUUCUCUAAACCGACGGUGGAUUGUCUGGGGAUCCUGACGGGUGCUCAGCUCUUCUCUCUGAACAAGGAGGAACUGAAGGCAGUGUGUGGAGACGAGGGAGCCAGGGUCUACAGCCAGACCACCGUGCAGAAAGCUCAGCUAGAGAAGAGCAGUGGGGAUUCAGAACUCCAAGAGAUAAUGAGAAGACGACAAGAGAAGAUCGAUGCCGGCAAGGACUGAUCUGGGCAUGCGCACUGACUUUCAAUCAAUCACAGGCCAGCCUGGCUGACCUGUCAACCAAUCACAGCCCAGCAUGGCUGGUUACCAUAACAACCCUCUCCAGUACUAACCAACCAUAAGCCUUCCCCUCCCAAAGCGCCUACCCUUUCACAAACCAACAGUUUUUUUGUUUUUUUUGUCAGACAAUUGACUUUUAAUAUUGGCAUGUACUAUAAAUGUUGUUAUAUACAUUUUUUAAAAUUGUAUAUUUAUUGUUAUUGUUUGUGAAUGUGUAUGUUUACUUCUUUCUUUACUGAUGUUCUCUGGUGAUUAUGAGUGCUGCUCUGUCUGUCACUAACCACGUUUCCAUCCAGCCAUUUCAUGCGGAGGAAUUACCUGACGUAUGCAAGAAGUUACGACUGGGCUGAUGGAAACAUUAAAUCCUGGUACAAUUGUAGAAAUGCCGACAGACAAUUUCUUCGUUCGACAUGGUGAGAUCUUUUCGUGUCGGGUAAAAUUAAUAAUGCAAGAUAAAUGGUAGUGGAAAUGCCUUUAUGCUUAAAUAUUGAUAUAAUAACCAUCAUAUUGAAGUCAACUUGGAGUCAGGCGAUGUUGUGUUGUGUGGUCCUCCCCACUACGACUCGGGAAACCACGCAGUUUAUCAGGCUACAGGGGAAGUUCUGAUGAACUUCACAGGGUGGUGAAAGUGCACGGUGAUGAGCUUGAUGCGCCUUUUCCAAUAAAUAUCGAGGGUCUUAUUCCAGCGACAUGUUGGUAGAUACUUGGCUGCCGUUUGACAAAAUGAAAAAAAUAAUAUCGCUUUUAUCCAUAAUAAUCUCAUAAUGUAGGUAUUCUACUCGCGCUGGAUUUGCGAGCUGUUGUUGGCACGUUCGCUAAAUAACACAUAUGUUGUUUUUGUGACGAGACCCUCAAGAGAUGAAAAUGCGAUGGAAACCCAUUUAACUUCUAUUGGGAAUUUAACAGCAAAAGUACUUUUGAUGUGCACUACUCUUUUAUCCGCAAAAAAAAUUAAGUUUGAUGGAAACACAUCUCUGGUGGGGAAAAUGCGAAUAUUGUUUUAUGGCAGAUGUUAGAAUAUUUGCAUGAAAAUAUGUCACUAAUUGGAUGAAAAACCUGGCUACUGUCUCUUAACUUUGUAUCGUGGUGAGGGACCAUAUUAAAACCUGGCUACUGUCUCUUAACUUUGUAUCGUGGUGAGGGACCAUAUUAAAACCUGGCUACUGUCUCUUAACUUUGUAUCGUGGUGAGGGACCAUAUUAAAACCUGGCUACUGUCUCUUAACUUUGUAUCGUGGUGAGGGACCAUAUUAAAACCUGGCUACUGUCUCUUAACGUUGUAUCGUGGUGAGGGACCAUAUUAAAACCUGGCUACUGUCUCUUAACGUUGUAUCGUGGUGAGGGACCAUAUUAAAACCUGGCUACUGUCUCUUAACGUUGUAUCGUGGUGAGGGACCAUAUUAAAACCUGGCUACUGUCUCUUAACUUUGUAUCGUGGUGAGGGACCAUAUUAAUUUUGAGUGAGUAUGUGUUUUAUGGCUUGUAUGUCUCCCAUGUUUUAUCUCCAGGGAUUUAUGGAAAAAAAAAUGUUUUUUGUCAAAUCAAAUCCAUAAAGGUCCUCAAUGUAUAUUGUAUUAGAUGUUAAUGUUCACAUAACGGAUUAUUCUAACCUACAGUAGUAGUACAAUGUUAUACCUUAUAAUAUGUAUCGCUGUAUGUACGUUUUGAGCAUUUUGAAUUUUAUUCUCAUAUCCAGUCACACAUAAUUGCAGCUGUUUAACUAAAUACACUUCUGUAAUUCAGUUUACAUAUUCCAUAUUACUAAAUGCACUUCUGUAAUUCAGCUUACAUAUUCUAUAUUACUAAAUGCGGUACUGUAAUUCAGCUUACAUAUUCUAUAUUACUAAAUACACUUCUGUAAUUCAGCUUACAUAUUCUAUAUUACUAAAUGCGGUACUGUAAUUCAGCUUACAUAUUCUAUAUUACUAAAUACACUUCUGUAAUUCAGCUUACAUAUUCUAUAUUACUAAAUGCGGUACUGUAAUUCAGCUUACAUAUUCUAUAUUACUAAAUACACUUCUGUAAUUCAGCUUACAUAUUCUAUAUUACUAAAUGCGGUACUGUAAUUCAGCUUACAUAUUCUAUAUUACUAAAUACACUUCUGUAAUUCAGCUUACAUAUUCUAUAUUACUAAAUGCGGUACUGUAAUUCAGCUUACAUAUUCUAUAUUACUAAAUACACUUCUGUAAUUCAGCUUACAUAUUCUAUAUUACUAAAUGCGGUACUGUAAUUCAGCUUACUGCAUUUAGUAAUAUAGAAUAUGUAAGCUGAAUUACAGUACCGCAUUUAGUAAUAUAGAAUAUGUAUCUGUAAUUCAGCUUACAUAUUCUAUAUUACUAAAUACACUUCUGUAAUUCAGCUUACAUAUUCUAUAUUACUAAAUGCAGUAUCUGUAAUUCAGCUUACAUAUUCACGGUCUAUAUGAAGUACGCUUUACAUGUACAAUAUUAAUCCAAUCAUAUUUCUGCUCUGUGUACAUGUUUGUUCCUUCAAUAAUAAACCCAAGGUCGAAAUUCAAACUGA